CCCUGGUGGCUGUGGCUCCGGGCUGUGAUUCCCUGAGGCUGGAGCUGUGAUUCCCUGCAGGGAGUGGGUGCUCAAGAGCAGUCUCCUGAUCGCCAUGGCUGUCUACACCUACCUGCGGCUCAUCGUGGACCACCAUGGCACCUCCCAGCUCCAGGUGCUGCGGCAGAAGGAGGUGGAUUUCUGCAUCUCCCUACUCCGGGAGAGGUUCAUGGACUGUUUCAUGAUCGGGCGGGACCUGGUGCGGCUGCUGCAGAACGUGGCGCGGAUCCCGGAGUUCGAGCAGCUCUGGAAGGACAUCCUGCACAACCCGCAGGUGCUGAGCACACAGUUCACAGGUGUCCUGCAGCUCCUCCAGUCCAGAACUUCCCGCAAGUUCCUGGCGUGUCGCCUCACUCCUGACAUGGAGACCAAACUGCUCUUCAUGACCUCCCGGGUACGUUUUGGGCAGCAGAAGAGGUACCAGGAUUGGUUCCAGCGUCAGUACCUGUCCACCCCCGACAGCCAAUCGCUGCGCUGUGUGACCCCAUCCUCUACAUCUGCGGCGUCGGCCACCCGUCCAACGAGGUGCUCAGCUCCGACAUCCUCCCGCGCUGGGCCAUCAUCGGCUGGUUGCUGACCACCUGCACGUCCAACGUUGCUGCUUCCAACGCCAAACUGGCUCUGUUCUAUGACUGGCUCUUCUUCAACCCUGAGAAGGACAGCAUCAUGAACAUAG